AUGGCCCCUUCUGACCCUCCAAGACCUUCGAUGCGCCGGAAGUCUUCGGCCCAGAACUUGCUCUCAACGUUCAACAAGUCGACUGUACCCGGGGCACCUUCCGGCUCUACUACGCCUUCCAUACCCCAUUAUCCGAUACCAAACGCACCGCCAUCAUCCUUCACAUCUGCUGCUUCAUCUAUUAUCACUGCGUCGACGCCAACUGCUAGAGAAUGGGAUGCUCAGAGCUUACAUUCAGACGGAACUGCUUCGACCGCCGCGCCGUCAGUCGCAAGUCAGCCGUUCACACAGGCUAGCGUGGAAUACCUGCGAGAUAUGGUUCAAAAGCGUAUCAUCACAUUGACAUACAUGCGCAAUGUACACGAAGGGCACACGCACUGGUUCCACACUAUCGCAAUCAGUCGGGCAGACCUGGAUAGGGCGUUCGACAACCACAGUAUGAAGAAACGGACUGCGCGCUUCACCGUACUGGCUAUGUCUCUCGCCGCGCUACUCGAUGUAACGCAUCCGACCGACCUACUUCGUGGGCUACUGAAUACGUUGACGGAAUGGGAGCAGAAUAAGGAUGAGGGCGAUCGACAACGACUACGAAUAUGGAAGCGGCCACCGAAGUCAAAGGGUGGAAUCGCGGAUUACUCUGCUUUACCCGACACCGCCGACGGCUCCUACUUGACCGUCACGCACGUUCCCUUCGCUCUGGAUUACACCACGACCCUUCUAUCUUUGCUCGACAUCCUCUCUGCACUCUACGCCAAGAUCGCGAAACUGCUAGGACCGUCGCCAUUCCCCCAUGCAUCACAACAUAUGCUCGGAUUAUCGGCGCCACAUCCGGGCGUGAGCUAUCUCUUCUCCGGCGGAGGCCAGACAGCGGCAGAUGGAGAACUAUACGAGGUGGCUUUUGGCGGUGGGGGGCCUGUAGGCGGCCUGAGUAGUCCGCCGCCCAGCUGGACUCCCGCACUAGGAGAGCUUGUCGUGAAAGUGGAUACAAAGUGCAAGAAAAUAACUUCGCAGUUGCUGAAGGAGCUUGAUACCCUGGCACGCGACGGUAUUCGUGACGAACUGGCGUCACUAGAUCCGCUACUGCGGAAUCUGCCUCUGGCCAAUGAGCACGGGGACAAUGAUUGA